UUUUGAUUUGUACUUAUAUUCUUUGUUUUUGUUAUCGCUCCAAUUCCGUUAAACAGACAAAGUGGGACUCAGAAAUGGCCACGAAAAGAGUAGUGGUUGCGGGCGGAAAUGGUUUUCUAGGCUCAAGGAUAUGCAGAUCAGCGGUGGCCAGGGGCUGGUCGGUAAUCUCUCUCAGCCGAUCCGGAGAACCACGUUGGGGUGCGAUUUCGAGUUCACCUGAGCGGCCUACUUGGGCAAGCUCUGUAGAAUGGGCCAAGGCGGAUAUGCUGAAACCGGAAUCCUACAAGCCUUUCUUGAGCGGUGCUACCGCUGUUGUACACAGCAUGGGCAUUCUGUUGGAGGCCGACUACAAAGGUGUGGUGCAAGGAAGAGAACCCAUUCUGAGUGGCCUACAAAGGGCCUUCAGCUCAUCGAAGCUGGGCAGCCAAAACCCCCUACAAAGACGGGAAGGCGAGGCAUUAGAAGCAAAGGAAAGAGAUGGACAAUUGACUUAUGAGCUCAUGAACAGAGAUUCAGCGAUUGCGCUGGCUCAAGAGACGUCCAACGAGCAUGUUCCGACUUUCGUAUUCAUCUCUGCCGCAGCGGGCGCACCUAUUCUCCCGAGCAGAUACAUCACAACAAAGCGAGAAGCGGAAACAAUCAUAUCAGCCAAGCUUCCGGAAAUGCGGAAUAUCUUCAUGCGGGCUCCCUUCAUGUAUGAUUCGAGCAGAAAGUUCACACUGCCAAUAGCACUUGGAGGCUUCAUCGGGUCUCAGUUCAACGAGCUUUUGGGUAAUAGACUUGAUUUUCUCGGCACUAUGGUAACCAAGCCUUUCCAAGUGGACAUGGUAGGUGAGGCCGUGGUCGAGGCAAUGGAGGACGAGACCGUACACGGUGCUGUGGGAACAAAGAAAAUUGAAGCUCUGGCGACGAGUGCUUGGAGGAAAAGCAUGCUAUGAGUUCAACUUUUGGAGAGAGGGCACCGGUUGCACGGUUACUUCUUGGGAUGGCCCUUUGUGAUUAUUGCGGGCCUGAUAGUCCUAGAUUCACGACCAAACGCUUAUCGGCAAGCCCUGCGCUG